AUGGCCAAUGCCAUUAUCGACAUACCAAAGAAAAAGAUCGCGAUAAAGCGUGACAGCGAGGUGGCAUCCGAUGUCAAGACCAAGCCAAUGGAAGAAGUCAAAGUCGUGCAUGCGAUGGAUGCUCGGGUACAUGCAUACAAUAACAACGCGUCGCUUCGCACGUGCAUGCGCGCAAGGAUUCGCGAAACAAGAUCGUGA